UCGCUAAGGAGAGAGAUGUCUGCUGGCAGGGCACAGGCUGGGAGUGGGUCCAACGUACAAGUCAGCAGCGAUGGAUCUACAUAUGUUGGGACUGUCAGGAUAAUGCAACGUAGAUGCAGCCCCUGUUCGCUGCCCUUUGCCUGCCGUUCGUUUUACCCCCAAUAUUGUGGUGAUUGACUGGCCAUGGGGGAAGAAACUUGCCAAAGGCUUUAACAUGCGCGGCGAUAUUUAUACAAUCUGAAGUGUUAUCUUAUAUCUCAGUUGGUUUAGCGAAAUCACUAGCUAACUGAACUAGCAAGUUGCUAGUCUUCAUUAACUAGCUGUAGCCAGCUUCCGAGCCAUCGUAGUUGCAUUAGCUUCUUUCUCCAUGGAUGCACAAUGAAACCUCAUCACUAUAUGUAACAUCUUCCAACGUUAUAUGUUUCGUUAAUGUUGUUUGUCACUGCCAGGCAACAUCAUGAAUCUGGUUCGCCUGGUGAGCCGCCACAAGACUGCGCUGGUGAUCGGAGUGCUCUGCCUCUUCGCUGUGGUGCUGGUGUUCCUGGCCAAGUGCACCUCCGAGACGCUAAAGCAGACAGACUCCCCUGGCCAGGCCCCUCACGCCGAGGCGCGGCCCAUCGCCGCCGCCGCCGCCGACCACGGUGAUGCCGCGCCGCCUCGUGCCAAAGAGCUCGCCGCCUUCCUGGUGGUGCUGAUCACCACGGGCCCCAAGUACACCGAGCGCCGCAGCAUCAUCCGCAGCACCUGGCUGGCGCAGCGCGACCCGGACGUGCUGGCGCUGUUCGUGGUGGGCACGGAGGGCCUGGCGCCCGAGGAGCUGCAGAGCCUGGGCACGGAGCACACGCGCCACCGCGACCUCCUCCUGCUGCCCGAGCUGCGCGACUCCUACGACAACCUCACGGCCAAGCUGCUGCACAUGUACUCCUGGCUGGACCGCAGCGUGGACUUCCGCUACGUGCUCAAGGCCGACGACGACACCUUCGCCCGGCUGGACCUGCUGAAGGAGGAGCUGAAGGCGCGCGAGGCCGCGGCGGCGGCGGCGGCGGCGGCGGCGGCGGCGACCGGACCCGACCGCCUCUACUGGGGCUUCUUCUCCGGCCGCGGCCGGGUCAAGGCGGCCGGGAAGUGGAAGGAGAGCACCUGGGAGCUGUGCGACUACUACUUGCCGUACGCGCUGGGCGGCGGCUACGUGCUCUCGGCCGACCUGGUGCGCUACGUGCGCCUCAACGCCGCCUACCUGAAGACGUGGCAGAGCGAGGACGUGUCGCUGGGCGCCUGGCUGGCGCCCGUGGACGUCAAGCGGCUCCACGACCCGCGCUUCGACACCGAGUACAAGUCGCGCGGCUGCAGCAACAGGUACCUGGUGACGCACAAGCAGAGCCUGGAGGACAUGCUGGAGAAGCAGCAGACGCUGCAGCGCGACGGACGCCUCUGCAAGGAGGAGGUCAAGCUGCGCCUCUCCUACAUCUACGACUGGAGCGUGCCGCCCUCGCAGUGCUGCCAGCGCAAGGACGGCAUCCCCUGACCGCCGACCUUUGACCUCUCACUCACCCCCUUCUUCACCACUCCCUGGGGUGGACUCUGGGUAUCACGUUGCCAUGGUUGUUAUUUAUUUAUUUAUUGUUGUGUCCGGUUAUUGUGUGGGCUUGGCCCCUCAGUUGUUGUGUGGGUGAGUGGAUGCUGCUGCCCUUGAAUGUGGGUCCUGCUGGGAGAUGUUACGGGAGACGUGGGGUAGGCGGGGUCUCUGGGGCUUCAGGAGCUCGGGGUUUGCUGUUAUGAUUUAAUAACAUGGAGGACUUUGGACACUCCCUCCACAAACGCGGUCAUGUCACUGGACUGGAGCCCUCUCUCUGAGGGGAGUGGAGUGGAGAGUGGUGACUCCAGGUGGUUGUCAGGAGGACGUGGGCCGAAUCUCGCGUCUCUAAUGUGAAAGGCUGAUCCGCUCCGGCUCCUGAAGCACAGUGCAUCCCUACCCCCACCCCCACCCCCACCCAUCACUACCGAGCUGGAGUGAGUCUGUCGUUGCUGUGGGGGUUUUCAGCUUCUCCGUCCUGGUUCAGAGGGGGCUGGGUUCACCUGCCAGUCCUCCGCGCCUGCUUCAAGUGUGCUGUUGGAUGCCUCACGUGUGUGUGUGUGUGCGUAUGAAUGUUUUGUUUACAAAGACCCCUAAUGUUUUAAAGCACACACACCUAUCUGUGAAAUAUAAAAGCACAGGUUGGCCCAGGGGGCUAUGGAAGGGCUGAAUGGGGGUUGAAAAGAUGAAUGCUGUUUGAAAAUGUGCCCAACCCCACCGCCCCCCCCCACCCCAUGCCAUUUCACCAGAUUCAUAUCAAUCACUGACCUCAUUCUUCACCAAAGGGAUCUAGACAGAUCUAGAAACCCACACGGCAUCACCAAUGUUCACUACGAGGUUGACUGGUGAUCUUGGUCAUCCUACCUAGCACAUACAAACCAGAGUGGUCUCACAGCAAUGAGGAGCGCUGGGAUUGGGACGCAGACCUCUGUGCAGAUCACACUCUCUGACUUUAAACUGUGCUUGGUGUCCUCCUGUCUGUGGGAUGUAUGUAUUUGAAAUGGAAUUAUGCAACAGCAGCAACAAAAAAAACAUACAACUCUGCAUAACCAGUGGCCUGAUAUGUUUGAGUAUGAUUGUGUCCUUGGAUAUUUUACAGGUUAUUAAAAUGUUUUUUUUUAAAGUGUC